AUGAACUGGAGUAAUGGACAGCUCGCUCGCCAGUCUCGGAGAAGCUAUAACAAUGACGCCACGAAGCAGAAGCACUAUUUCGCCCAGGCCAAGCGCCAAAAGGUCACUGAAUCGCGUAAACGAAAGUGCAACGCGGCAGAUUUUGUUCCAAGCUAUCUCGAAGACUUGCCAGAGACGUUGGACAGGCCCUCCCGGAAUGCGACACGGCACUGGGAACCAAAACGAAGAAUCUUGACACUGCAAGACAUGCCUCUGCCCGCUCAACAGGCAACAGACUAUUCGAACGAUGACAGGGCCGUGGAGAACCUGAAGAGACUUCACAGUGUUACGGGAGAAACCGAUCCGAACCUUGAUGUGAAGCGACGCAAAUUAUUACAGCAGAGCGACUGGUCGGGCGUUGAGCUUCAGAAGCCUGUGAUCAUAAAAUACCCCGAGACGGCGAGGGCUGCGAGAAAGGUCCAGCGACACAUAUCUCAUGAUCAAUUUGACUCGCCACUGGUCAAAAUAUCGAAGAGCCAAAUACCAGCGGACACAGUUAUCAAAAUCGCGAGCCAGGAAUACCGCUGGAGCCCCGGAAACAACAGCAUCAGGACAUGGCAUUCCAAAGAACAGAAAUCUGUGCCAGAAACACCUAUGGAUAAAUCAGGGCCAUUAUACGAUAUAUCGUCAUCUACGUCAAAAAGCUUCAGUAGCUUCAUUCCCGAAUCGCCUUGCGCGGAGCGAGCCUUGCAAAUCGGGAGAGCAAAGGCUGGGCGCGAACCACAGCUUCAGAGCGUGUCGCACACAAGUCCAUCCAUCUUUGACGAACCGUUAGUAAAAGCUGUUUCGGCGACGCACUAUUUCCAUCCACAGCCUAUCAGACACAUGCCUCAAGGUAUAUUCGCGAGACUAGCAGAUUUUGUGAAGGAUGGAGAUGUCGCAGUCGACGCUUGGCGGGCGAGUCCUUCGCAGCUGAACGAUACUUCCAGCUGCGUUGCGGCCACAGAGAGCAAAUCUGGGGACAGUAUUAUACCAGAAACUGUCAAGGACAGCUCAAGCAAAAUCUCAGAGUCCCCUCGAAGAGCCAUACAGUCGAGCAAAUCCAAUCCGAUAUCGCUUUCCCAGCGCAACCUUGGACUAGCGCCAUCUCGGCUACCAUCGCCUCAAGCAAUUGAGGCGGUACAUGAUGAAACGUUACCCAAAGCUUUCGAUUCUCUCCCGAGCAGUAUAACCACCCCAGACGUAUGCAGAAUAGCCGAGGCAAGUCAUGCAGGCAACCGGCUGUCGGCGCUGCCCUAUCUACGCCCGGCGCCAACAGCCCCGGAUAUUGGUGACGAGGAUGAGAACAUCAUGUGGAAGCGGUUCGUGCUUGGACCUGGUCGCCCUACAAUGGCUGUGUCAGCUGAGCAAUGCAGCUCUGACACGCCGGACGAUAAGAGAACAAGCAAGCUCGGCGUCGAACCAGCGACGGUUGAAGCACCGACGAGCAGACUCGAAAUUACAUCUCCGGUCUUGGACUCGCGGCGGCUUCCAGGGCCCACACCGGCUCCGGCUGGGCCAACACCGCCACUGGCCAUCUCCGCAGACGGCGGCCCCUACAGGACUGGCGCAAGAUUAUCCAACAAGCACCCCCAGACGCCCAGCGACGAUGCGGUCCCCGUUUAUUUCCGCGAGCAGCGGAAUGGUUUCGAAGCAAUGACGGCACUCCCCACAGAAGCGCCAGAGGCAUCGCAUCAUCCCUUAUCGGAGGUGUACCACAUGACCGCGAAGCCAGAGUCGACGUUCCACCCGCCGAGUCUCUUUGUGGGCAGGCUGGCCGCCAGCAUCAGUGGUGGCGCGGUGGCGCCGACGGCGGCGCCCAGCGCCAGCGAGCCAGAGCCGAGCAGCAUCACUGCGCCGAAGGCACCUUCAGCACGGGUGAUGAGCCGGAGACGGCGUAAGAAGAGGCGCGAGGCAGGACGACCGGACAUUCGAGCACUGCCUAACAUACAGGGCGACCCGAUUGAGUUUACGCCGUAA